AUGCCGCCAACUCUUGACCUCAGCAGGAGAUCACAUACCAAAGUAGUCGUCUCACCCCCCCGAAUCAACCUCCGCAGAGCCGCGUCUUACAACCAUGACCGGGGACCCCUCUCUUCAACAUCAUCGCGCUUUAACUUCAACCACUUGGUAUUCUCACCGCCCCCGUCCCCGGGACUGCCAUCACUUUCUCCGCCCUUGAAGAAGGCAAACCGUGGCCUGUGUGGCGGCAUUACCCCGCUCAGACUUGCCCGUUAUGCCAUCCGAAUAUCCAGCAUCUUUCUGGUUUUCUAUGUCUCCCUGGUAUUUUUCACCUGGCUCUUCGGUGAGCCCGUCACGACGCCGCCCCAAACAGUGCCUCAGCCCCCGGUGGUAAAACCACUCUCAGGGACUGUGGAUCAAGUCAGCAUGGUAUCGCAAAAGGACCCGCCAGAUUUCCCAACUCCGAUCGUCAUAACCGACCAUCGAGGAAGGGCAAAGUGGACGGUAUCUAUUCCGGCAGGCUCCGGCUUUCCCCUAACCAUGAGUCAGUACGCGGAUAUGUGCGUCAGAUGCCACCAAGUAGCGUCGCGGGCUCGCCAACUGCGGUCUGAAGGGAUUGGACUGCAACAUAUGUCUCUGGGUUUCUCAGACGCGACCGACCACGGAUUUAUCGAUGUCCAGGAGGCUCAAACAGCUGGCUAUCUUCCUUCUCCCACAGCCCGGGUCGGUGUGGUCAGGGAAGAAGGCACCGAGAAGCCUGGAUGCAAGAAGAGCCUCACAUUUGUCCUCGAGUCAAACGACGCCGGCCUCGGGAAGACGCUCAUGAUGUUGUGGACUGCGUACGGCCUGGCCCAAGAGGAGGGGCGAGCUUUUUUCAUUGACGAUACCAGAUGGUCGUAUGGGAAGUACACGGCCAUCUUCCAGCCGCCACCUGAUCCAGAUUGUGCUGCACCUUCAGGUCACGAGAUCCUCCCGUGUCCACGGCAGGCCCGACAUCUGGUAGCAUCUGCUGCGACGGUCGAUGUGCUAUAUGACAGCUUCAUCAAGGAGUUCGAAACCUCGUCAUCCGAGUCGCACGAGCGAGCCCUUCGAGAGAGGCAGUUCGCCCUGGCCCGCCAGGGUUACGAAGCCCUCUUCCGAUUAAACAAGGACGAUGGCAACUACGUUGAUUCCCGUGUCCGCGACCUGCUGGCCAAGAGGAUAGUGCCCAAGACCAGAGGCCAGCGGCACGGGCUGGCGAUUGGCGUGCACAUCCGCCGGGGCGACCUCCAUCCGCUCGAGUACCAGUACCGGCAAUCGUACAUUCCACUCAACGUGUACAGCGAAACGGCGCGCGACAUGAUCGAGGCCAGGCUCAACCGCACGGGGCCGUUUGGCGCUGAGGACAAGGCGGCCAAGGCGCAGAGCUUUGUCGUUGUCGCGUCCGACGACCCCAUGACGUACGAAAGCGCCGAGCUGGCGGGCGCCAGCCGCGCGCAGGAGCGCAUCCAGCUCGCCAGCAAGCAAGCCAUCCAACAAAAGGCCACCGGUACCAACCCGCCGGACCGGUCCGUGAUGCACAAGUUUGUCGACGAGACGUUUGGCUGGGAGGGCGGUUUCUUCGCUGCCAUGUUUUGGAACCUCGGCACGUCAUCACGGCGCCCGACGGCCGCGUCGGCGUCGUCCCAGGCGGUCGCCGGCGGUGCUGUAUCGGCAUCCGCAUCGUCGUUGCCAGCACCGACUGCAGAAACCCUCCGGCUUAGGAGCCUGGUUGGGCGCGCCUACAUGAUGGACCUGGCGGUGCUGGCCGAUGCGAGCGACGUGGUUGUUUGUGCCGUCAGCGCUGUGGGCUGCCGUUUGCUGGCCGUCAUGAUGGGCUGGGAGAGCGCCAUGGAGGACGGGAACUGGGUCAACGUCGACGGCGGCUAUGGGUGGAUGGGCCUUGAGUGGUAG